AACCAGAGUUUCAGGCUUGUGACAGACACCCGCCAUAGCCAUUGGCUUCUUUGUGGCUUGUCUUCUCUACUUCGUUCUUCUAACUUACACCUAUAAACACAGACACGCUUGUUUGUUCAUCAUUUUUCUGUGUCAAAUUUCUGAUAUCCUUUUCCUGGCGCCAUUUUCAUGUCUAAACCAUUGGAACAUGAUUACAUAGGCUUAGCAGCAUCAGAGAAUCCGUCCAUGGAAAAACACUCUGAGAAAAUAUCAUCUCCUUCUUCUGCUGCUUCAUCUACUCUUUCUACUGAGAAGGAAAAUAGCUCUUCUCUUAAUUUCAAAGAGACAGAGCUCAGACUGGGGCUUCCUGGAAGUGAUUCUCCUCCUCCCGAGAGGAAAUCAGGAAGUGGGAUUUCUCUUUUCGGCAAGGAUUUGCAGAGUAAUCAUAAUAAUAAUGAUAAUACUGCUAAUAAUGGGUUUGGUUCUUCCUCUUUGAAGAACAACAUGGCUGGAGCUAAGGGUUUUUCAGACGCCAUUGAUGUUGGGUCUUCUGGGAAAUGGUGUUUCUCUGUGAGUGAGAAAAUUGGGUCUGAAACUGAUUUGGGGAAAGGAGCUUCUUUGUUUUCUCCCAGAGGAGGGAAUGUUGUGAAGCCUCCUCUCGUUGCUGUAGAAGCUUCAACUACUUCUGAACAAAAAAGCGUUAGAGAUGGUGGAAUAGUUCAAGAGAAGAAGAAAUCUCAGGUUGCUGUUGCUGCUACAAAUGAACAUGGAAGUGCUCCUCCCGCUGCUAAGGCACAGGUUGUGGGAUGGCCACCAAUUCGGUCUUUUCGAAAGAACAGCAUGGCCUCUAAUUCAACAAAGAAUAACGAUGAGGGUGAGGGUAAAGCUGGAUUUGGCUGUCUCUAUGUGAAGGUCAGCAUGGAUGGUGCUCCUUAUCUCAGAAAGGUUGAUCUCAAAACCUUCAGCAACUAUCUGGAACUUUCUUCAGCUCUUGAGAAGAUGUUCAGCUGCUUUACCAUUGGUCAAUGCAGUUCUGGAGGACUUGCUGUGAAAGGCGGCCUAAGCGAGAGCUCUUUGAGGGAUCUUCUCCAUGGUUCUGAGUAUGUUCUUACUUAUGAAGAUAAGGAUGGAGAUUGGAUGCUUGUUGGUGAUGUUCCCUGGGGUAAGAUGUUCACUGACUCGUGUAGAAGAUUAAGGAUCAUGAAAGGUUCUGAAGCGAUCGGACUCGCUCCAAGGGUGGUGGAAAAAUCCAGGAGCCAAAACUAGCUGGGUGCAGAAGAAACCAGUUAAGCCAGAAACAGGGAUGGACAACCAUUGAAGCAUUUGAAAAGAUUAAAGGUUUUAUGGAGUUUUGGACCUUGUUCCAAAUCAUAUCAUAUGUAUGUAAUUCAGUGUUUCAUUUUUGUUUUUUGAUGCAUUAUAGACUGACAAGAUUUCUGUCUGUAGAAUUUAACUGGAGAAAUCCAGACCGUAUUAUAUAUAAUACACUGCAUACACACAUGGUUUUGCUGCUGUAUCUUUGGAUUUUUGCUGCUGUAUACAAGAAUUGCUUGUUGUGCCUUUUA